ACACUACACGCUCCUCGGCUCCCGUGUCCGUGCCACCGACUGCUGGGGGACUGGGGAGCCCGGAGCCCAGAACCCAGACCACCCGCCGGUCUCCACACCGCCGCGAGCGGCGGCGCUCUCCCCCUAAACCCCACGGCCCACGCGAUUCCGCGGCGAAGCUGGGCGGAGAGGCGGCAAUGGAGUACAGGAGGGUGAAGGAUCAGGAGAGUUAUGAUGAUUUAUCUCAGAAGGAUGUAGAAAGUCUUAGUGGGAGGUCACUAUCCAGCGUAAACGCUACAGCUACUGGUCUCAGCUCUGCAGGUGGUGCAAAAGGCAAGUCUAAUUGGAAGCUAAAGUCUGUUGUUACUCUUGCAUUGACGCUGCUAACAAGUUCUCAGGCAAUAUUAAUUGUGUGGUCAAAAAGGGCUGGAAAGUAUGAAUAUAGUGUCACAACAGCUAAUUUUUCGGUCGAGGCUUUAAAAUGCCUUCUAUCACUAGCUGCUCUUUUUAGGACAUGGAACCGCCAUGGUGUUACUGAUGAUAAUAGGUUAACUACAUCUUUUGAUGAAGUCAGCGUAUAUCCGAUUCCAGCUAUUCUUUACAUGGUGAAGAACUUAUUGCAGUACUAUAUCUUUGCUUACGUGGAUGCACCAGCUUACCAGAUCUUGAAGAACCUGAAUAUCAUCAGCACUGGUGUCUUGUACCGCAUCAUUUUGAAGAAAAAAUUAAGUGCAAUCCAGUGGGCAGCAUUUAUUCUUCUGUGUGCUGGUUGCACGACAGCUCAACUUAAUCCUUCAUCUGACCAUGUGCUUCAAACUCCUAUUCAAGGUUGGAUGAUGGCGAUUGUGAUGGCUCUUUUAAGUGGUUUUGCUGGGGUAUAUACAGAGGCUAUCAUUAAAAAACGGCCAUCAAGAAACAUUAACGUGCAGAACUUUUGGCUAUACAUUUUUGGGGUGAUCUUCAAUCUAGUUGCAAUUUGUGUUCAGGAUUAUGAUGCCGUCAUGAAUAAAGGCUUUUUCCAUGGGUAUUCAUUCAUCACAGUUUUGAUGAUUCUGAACCAUGCACUGAGUGGAAUUGCUGUUUCAAUGGUGAUGAAAUAUGCUGAUAACAUAGUCAAGUUGCUAUCACUAACAGUGGCGGAGGACGAAUUGAAAGUUAGGUAUGGCGGAACUGGUCUGACGAAGCAAAAGGCUGCAGUAUAGCACUAGUGUUGAUGCUUAGCAGGCUUAAAUGUAUCUUAAAACAACUCAGUCCAAAGUUGAGCAUGCAUUUCCAACAAAACUUGAGGUAUGGUGGCUGCCCUACCUUGCCCUACCAAGCCCUCUGCCACUGAUCACUAAGGUUUCCUUUUAGAUAGUUCAUAUGAGUUAGGCUCUAGCCCCUCUAUGUGAGGUCACUAUCGUCAUCUUAAUUUAAUCAAGUAGAAAGAUGAAAAUAAGUCUCCUGUCUCAGGAAGUAAGGAUUCAAACACCCUGCUAACUCCCUAUGCUUCAGUUGUCGUCAUCCAUCAAAGUCCUUUGUUCUGUGUUUGCCCUGUUAUUGUCAAAGGCUAACAAGUUGAGGGUUGGAUAAGGGCAUUUCAAGGAAGUUACUACUUACUAGAAGGCUAGCAGCAAACUCCUUUGAUACUCAAUUCAUUGUUGAUGCAUAUAUUUUACUGUUCUGUUUUUUCAAACUUGCAAGUUCCUGUUUGUUCUUUUGGGUAGCAAGAUAACUACCCUCAGUCUACCAAUUGCUUUAUCAUUAGCUUAAACAGUAAUAAUUUAUAGCACUUGCAACUACCUUGCGGGUUGCAAAGGGGAAUUUGUCUCUAGCCUACCCAACCCUAACAAACAGGGCUUAAAAUGUUUUGUUGUUGUUGGCAUUGUUGUUCGGAACAGCAUAGAGCCAUAUAGGUGCUUGAGCCUAAAACAGAUGUGUCUUUUAUGUGGAUGUUAAAUUACUUUAUUUUGGUCUUCCUAGUGCUCUUUUGUUUAACCAAGUUAAUCUAUUGAAGCAGUCUUUGACUUAGUCAAUGAUAUAUCUUAGAGCAGUUUU